GUCCACAUGGAUUGCUUUUUUCUAUUGCUCUGGACUUUACAAGUCCCGCUUGUAAACAGCGCUUCAAUGAGAUUACUGGCGAGCGUGUCGUUCGGAAACUUUAUAAAGGCUCUGCCGUUCUGUUGCGUUCACUCUGUGUCAUCAGUGUCAUUUAGCGGUGUUAACGGCAUCCCCUAUCAAGAUUACGAUUUUGUCACACCAUUUGAAGUGGACUCACUUGGCAGCUACAUUUCCCACGAUGUGUCAAGGCAAAGACGGAGCAGGAGGUCUCUGUCUGAAGCUGGUGGUCCAGUGCACUAUCACGUUUCUGCUUUUGGAAAGGAAUUACACCUAGACCUGCAGCCGUCCCAUGUGCUGGCGGAUGGGUUUACUAUACAAACACUGGGUGCAGAGGGCAUCAGCACAGCUACACUUGACCCUGCUGUUCAUAACUGCCUAUAUCAGGGUUCCAUCCGCAACCAUUCUGAAUCCUCUGUCGCCAUAUCCACCUGCACAGGUCUGUCAGGUCUGAUCCGCUUUGCUGGUGAGGAGCAUUUCAUCACACCACUACCACAGCAUUUGGCUUUACGACAUAACUACAGUGCCCCCUCUGGACAUCAGCCACACGUCAUCUACAAGCGAUCAGCUGAAAGCAAGGUCCACACGCAUAGGACUGACAAAACCAGCAGAUUCUCAAAAAACAAUCCUUAUGAGGAUCACCACCAUCACCGUCACCAUGACUACCAGCACGGGAAGCUCCAGAGACAACACUUCUGUGGACGCCGCAAGCAAUAUACUCCCAAGCCUCCCACAGAGGAUCGUUUUGUCAUGCCCGAUGAGUUUGAACCGCAAAGCCGGGUGAAACGCUCAGAGAUUACAUCCAACAAAGACGAAGGCCUGAAUGUGGAAACGCUGGUGGUGGCAGACAGGAAGAUGCUGGAGAAACAUGGCAGAGAGAACCUCACUACCUACGUCCUCACUGUCAUGAACAUGGUCUCCAGUCUGUUCAAAGAUGGAACUAUUGGGACGGAUAUUAACAUUGUUGUGGUCAGCCUUCUCUUGCUUGAAAAAGAUCCGCUGGGUCUGUCUAUCAACCACCACGCAGACCAAUCCCUCAACAGCUUCUGCCAGUGGCAGUCAGGCCUGAUGGGUAAAAGUGGCAAGCGCCACGACCAUGCCAUCCUGUUGACAGGGCUGGACAUCUGCUCCUGGAAAAAUGAACCAUGUGACACCUUGGGUUUUGCUCCAAUAAGUGGCAUGUGUAGCAAAUACCGUAGCUGCACAAUUAAUGAAGACACUGGGCUGGGCCUAGCCUUCACCAUUGCCCACGAGUCGGGACAUAAUUUUGGAAUGAUCCAUGAUGGAGAGGGGAAUCCCUGUCGGAAGACCGAAGGAAACAUAAUGUCUCCCACACUGGCUGGGAAUAAUGGCGUUUUCUCCUGGUCUGCGUGUAGCCGGCAAUACCUGAAUAGAUUUUUAGGUACAGCCCAGGCUUCAUGUCUAGUGGAUGAGCCCAAACAAAUAGGCCAGUACAAGUACCCUGAACAGCUUCCAGGUCAGCUGUACGAUGCAGACAUACAGUGCAAAUGGCAGUUUGGCUCCAAGGCCAAACUCUGCAGCUUGGAAUUUGUAAAGGACAUCUGUAAAUCAUUGUGGUGCCACAGGACAGGGCAACGGUGUGAGACCAAGUUCAUGCCCGCUGCCGAGGGCACCAUCUGCGGACCAGACAUGUGGUGCCGGAAGGGACAGUGUGUGAAAUUUGGCGAUCAUGGUCCUAAAGCAGUGCAAGGCCAGUGGUCAGGCUGGUCGGAGUGGUCUGACUGUUCACGUACCUGUGGUGGAGGGGUUAUGUACCGUGAACGAUUUUGCAACAAUCCCAGCCCACAGCACAAUGGCAAGUUCUGCCAAGGCCCCAGUCGACUGCACCAGCUGUGUAACACCAAACCGUGCCAGGCCAACGGAGUGGACUUCCGAGCUCAGCAGUGCGCAGAGUACAACAGCAAACCCUUCAGGGGAUGGUACUACAAAUGGAAGCCAUACACCAAAGUGGAAGAAGAGGACAUCUGCAAGCUGUACUGCAUUGCUGAGGACUUUGAUUUUUUCUUUGCCAUGUCCAGCAAAGUCAAGGAUGGGACGUCUUGCUCUGACUACAAAGGAGGGGUGUGCAUUGAUGGGAUAUGUGAGCCGGUGGGCUGUGACCAAGUGUUGGGUUCAAUGGCCGCUCUGGAUGCCUGUGGGGUGUGUAAAGGUGACAACUCUACCUGCAAGUUCUUCAACGGCCAGUACUCUCUCCAACACAGAGCCAAUGAGUAUUACCCUGUUGUGAUAGUUCCUGCUGGAGCAAGGAGCAUCAGGGUGCAGGAGAUGGAGAUAUCCACCAGCUACCUGGCCGUCCGUAGCCUGAAGCGAGGCACUUACUACCUUACGGGAGAUUGGACGGUGGACUGGCCAGGCAGGUUCCAGUUCGCCGGCACCACUUUUAGCUACCAACGCUCUUUCAACCGGCCUGAGAGCCUCUACGCCGCCGGACCCACUAAUGAGACCCUGUUCUUUGAAAUUCUUCUUCAAGGCAAAAAUCCUGGUGUGUCCUGGGAGUACACACUUCCCCACCCAGAGAAGAAGCACAACUACACCUGGUCUGUGGUACGCUCGGACUGCUCUGCGCCCUGUGCUGGGGGUCGGGUCUCGAUGAAAGCCAUUUGUCUGCAGGAUCAGCACACACAGGUCAACGCUUCACUCUGUAACCCCCAGACCAGACCUGUGAUGGGCUCCCACCUGUGUAACACACAGCCCUGCCCUGCCUACUGGACCACAGGUAAAUGGGGAGUGUGUAGCAGAACAUGUGGAGGUGGGCAGCAGACGCGAAACAUCCGCUGCAUGAGGAAGGUGACGUACCAGCGGGAGGAGGUGGCAGCUUCUUCCUUGUGUCCAGUAUUUUCACUAGCACAACUUCAGCCAUGCAACACACAAGCGUGUCCUCCUGAGUGGAGCACUGGCUCCUGGUCACAGUGCUCUAAGAGCUGCGGGCGUGGGCUGAAGAAGCGUAGUGUUUUCUGCAGGAGCAUUGAUCCAGGUGCCAGGGCUGGGGUGGUACCUGACAGCAUGUGUAAAUUACACCUGAAGCCCAAAGCCCAGGAGACCUGUGUACUCAGCCGUUGCCCCAAGAAUGAGCGUCUUCAGUGGAUAACUAGCGCCUGGGGAGAGUGUUCGGCCUCCUGUGGAGCAGGAGUGAAGAGAAGAGAGCUGCGCUGCGGAGAGAAAGACUUCCAAAGAGGCUACACAGAGUUUUCCACAAGGAGGUGCAGGAACCUACUUAAACCACAAACAGAGCUUGAGCAAGCUUGCAAUAAUGGCCCCUGCCCAGAACCCACGCCUCAACUCCUUCAGCCUAGCCCAGACAAGAGCGGCACCUCAAUGAACCCGGGCUGGUACUCAUCUCCCUGGUUGCAGUGCACGGUAUCUUGUGGUGGUGGGGUGCAGACACGUAGCGUCCAGUGUUUGAGACAGGGACGUCCUUCAGUAGGCUGCUUACCUCAUCACAGACCUAUAAACUCACAGGCCUGCAAUACACACUUCUGUCCUGCUCCAGCUCCAGUCCCGCCUCCUUCUCUCUCACGUAAAGAAGAUCAGCCUUGUAUUGACUUCUUCAGCUGGUGUCAUCUGGUGCCUCAGCAUGGUGUUUGCAAUCACAAAUUCUACGGUCAACAAUGCUGCAAGUCCUGCUCCACCAAACGACAGUAAAGCUGAAGAUUUUCACCUCCCUUGAGCCUCCCGCCUCAUUCUUAUAUUUGUACUUAUUACGAUAAGGAUGACGACUAUGGACAAAGUUUAUAUUUGCGAGAUGUGAGAAAGAAAGGCAUUUCAAUGGAACAUGUUUCCUGAAUUAAGAGACGUUAUAAUUACGAAAGACUGGAGAGGAAAUAAAGCUCUGUCAAUCAUUUGGAAAACUACACCUGCUUUUGGCUUAAUCGGUGACGCAUGACUGGAAUUGUUCAGUAGUUCUUCAGACUGCAGAACAUCUUCGUUUUUGGGUUGGACUGAUAGUCAAAGCCAUUCAGAGAAUUCCAGGCCAUCAUCUAUGUAUUACAAUGAAGAACGCCAGAUUAACAUUGGAAUCAUUCGGGGUGAUGUGUAAAGUGCGACUGUGUCUGAAGUACUGUAGAAUUUGUGUUUGCUCUUCAAGCUCCAAACAAAACCUUGUGUCACUGCGCACCCAGACAUUUCUUCAGUAUGGAACUGAGGUGCUACAUUUGUUCCUGUAGUUAUUUAAUGAAUAAGUGAAUCUGUGUUUUUGGUGCAAUAAGAAGUGCAUUGCACAUUCUCAUUCCAUGGUGAUCAGUGGUGCUGCCUUGUGUUUAUUUCCUCACUUAAAAUGUAUUUAACUGAUGCUUUUAUCAAAAGCAUACACAUCAUCUUUGUUUUCCAAGAAUCAAACCCAUGUCCUUGGCUUGCUAGUGCAAUACUUUACCAUUUGAGCUACUGGAACUCACUGCUUACAUAGUGCAGUCUUUUUUCUAUGAACUGUUCUUCUCAAAUCUAUUUUGAUAUGUUACAAACUAGCAUUUUCUCUAAGGACAAUGGUCUAAAACCCCCAGUCAAGAGCAUCCAGAUUUCCGCUUGAUUUAAAGAGACAUUAACAUGCUCACAUAAUCUGAGCAAGUGGAACUGAUGUAAGGUUCAAUUCAAAUCCCGUCUGAUCAUCACAGAAGACUAGAGAAGACAAUAUAGAUUUAUCAUUAAUGAAGAUCAAUGUAUCUGCUAAAUUAUGUAGUGGUUCCAAUGGAGGAUGAACAAAGUUUGAGUGUGUUUUUACCCGGUGUGUGUGUGGAAUUUGUGUGCAGUUCCUGCCGUACUGUCUACCACGUGAUGUACGAGAGGACCGAGCUCGUCCCAGGUGUGUGUCAGAGAGAGUAGAGUAGUUGCUUUCAGUCACUUUGGGGGGACCAAUUAGUGUGCAGAAGUGAGUGUCACGUUCAGGAGGAGGUGCAGCUAACGAACCCAAACCUCUCAGGACUUGGGACCUCAUCUCAGUUUACUUUGUUAGUGCUUUCUGUCUCAUUCUCUCUAUCUGUCUUUUCCUCCCUCUUUUUCUCCCUGUCUCUGUCUGGACUGCACUCGGUUCCACUGGGCUACUAUUUUGUACGUGCCCAGGGCUUGUGCUUGGCAGAAAAGCUGAACUACAAAUUCUCAUGUCCUCACCUUAGUAAUCUUUGAACAGAGUUCAGGUAAGACAGGUCAGAGCCCUUCUCGGGCUAGGAGUGCUCUAACAAUAAACAUUGGGGCAGAUGGGACUUGAGAGACAUACCCGGCACUGAUUCUGUCCUCAUUACAUUCCUAACACUUCAUUACCAAUCCCCAGUCCCUUGAAGGGAUAUUUGCAUAUAAUAAUAAGUGCAAAAGGUCACUACAAAAGUAGAUGUUGCACUGCAGGGUGCUCUACCUUUUUCUUUUGCCUGAAACAUUUUAAAUGAUACUCAGAAGUUUAUUUUUUGUUAUAUAACUUUGCGGAAACGUGUAGGACCCUUUUAUGUUAUGUUUGUUGCUUACUCAUCUUUAAAAGUUUUCCUAAUUGUGAACAAACGUAAAUGCAUUUUUUACCCGUACCAUUCCUUAUGUAUAUUGUACAAAUGAUGAGUCGUUUUGCGAUGUCUUUCAUCACUGUCUAAAUGGAAAAAGUGUGUAAUUUAUUAUGUCUUCAUAGUUCCUGGGCUACAGUGUUGUUUUGUGGGGAGCUGCCUGUAUAAUAGCACACUUUAAGUGUAAUAUUUAAUGCGCUUCACUGAAAGUUGUACAAUUAAAAGUAUUUGAUUUACUGAA